AUGAAGUGUAAUUUGAGGUGUGAGCCAUCAGUCUGUUACCGAGCUCGACUUGUGUGCAAUCGCUGGCGUACAGCCAUCGACGAGAUGGACGAGGAGAGCCGAAAGGCAAUACUUAGUGAAGGGCAUGCUCGUUUGUUCAUAUGUGAUCGACGCCGGUUCGUUAUUAUUUAUUUCCCUCGGGAUAACGAGGAUGUAGCUUAUGUUGCAAUCCUGGAGAAGUUCUGCAGCCUUCCAUCAUGCUCCUACACCGUUGCCGAGCUCACAACACCACGAAAAUCGGUGUUUUUGGCCGACUGUUUCGCACAUACGGCCUUCAACAGCUGGGCCUACCGUUUUGACGUGUCGCAGUGGAUUCGCAAUUUCGACAUCGUUGAGGUACUUCUCGAUGCUGUUUUUGGGAGACACUUGAUGUGCACUUUAAGACUCACUUUAAAGCAAGUAAAACCUAGGUUGGGACGCACCGAGCGGGCCCGUGCGACCAUGCGUUUUUGCACCAGACUUGAAGUACUCAGGUCAUUAAUUGCAUGAAU